AUGGGAGAUCGAUGGGAUAGUGUGGGCGUGUUUGUUGAGCACAAAUGCUCAGAACACAUACCUGGUGUGAUUCAGCUUCCAAAUGGCAUACAAGACGAUGUAGAAUGUGGGACUAAAGAGGAAGAACACAGUCAGAAUGAUGAGGCCGAUAGACCUAAAGAAGAUGACGAGCCAGAAGUAUCAGAAGAUGAGAAUCCAGUUGAAAAGGAAGAUAACACAUCUGUCUUUGUGGAAGGAGAAAACUCUGUUCCAGAUAAAGAAGCAUAUGGAACUGGUAUAGAGGAAGAAGAGAGAGAUGAUGACAGUGAAGAUGAGAGGGCGCCAGUAGAUGUUGAAUAUCCAGACACACCAGUAGAGUCUGAAGAUGAAUGGGAAGAAUGGAACCGAGAGCGUAAAGGAAAAGGGAAGAGAACUUCUAAGCCUCCAUCUACAAGAAGAAGAAAAACUCAGCCUGUUCACGCCACUGGAUCAUCCUCUCAGCAUGUUCACGCCACUGUCUCAUCCUCUCAGCCUAUUCGCACUACUGGAUCAUCCUCUCAGCUUGUGGAAGCCACUGGAUCCUCAUCUGACCCCAAGCCUCAUGCCAAGAAACCUUCACGAGGACCUUGA